CUACACAAAAAAAAUUAUGACGUUCUCCAACAAAAUGGAAAAUUAAAAAUUAAAGAAAAGAACCCUAAAAAAAAGAAACUUAGGAAAACAUGUCUGAAGAAUCCGAUUCCGAAUCACAGACAGAAGUUAUAAAAUCCAAAGAAUCAAAACAAAAUGAUAUACUUAAUCGACGAGAGGCUCGUCGUCGAAAGAUUCUUGAAAAUGCAAAAAGUAGACUCGAUAAAUUGAGUGGUGAAGAUACUGGAGCAUCUAUAGCAAACAACAAAUGCAACAAUCAUUCGACGGAAACAUAUUCAGAUCCUGAGAUUGAUCAUCCAGAAAUUCUCAACGAUUACAGCCCUCUGUACUCAACACGAUCCGAAAGCAUACCAAAUCAUGUCGAUUGGAGCUCCUCGCCUCUACUCAACAACAACAACAAUAACAACAUCCCAACCAAAACACCACCAACUAAAUUUGAACAAAUCUUAUCCACCCGAAUGCAUAUAGUUGCAUCAAGUCCAUUAACUUACUUAAUGCUGAUUUGUGGUCUCAGUGUGUACAUUCCACAUGUUCUUUUUCUAUUUAUGACGCUAGAAUGUCUUGAACUAGUCAUUUUUCGAUUAGACCGACCUCUCAGUCCAAUCGAAAGCAUUAUUCUGAUGAUGUGUGGUAUAAAUAUGGCAAAGGCAAAGGUUCUGAUUAAAAUUGUGGGAUUGUUAAAUAAAUUGGUUAGCGAUUUGGGGCUGUUCGUGUUUGUCUUUAUCAUGAUUCAUGGUCUUUACAGCUGGCUGGUAGGAGGGGCGCCCAUUGAAAUGUUUAAUUCUUUUUGAUAUUAAAAUAAAAAUUAUUAAAUUGAA